UUCAAGAAAUCAAGCCCCAAUGGCAAGAUCACGACAUAUCUCGGCAAAAGAGAUUUUGUCGACCAUCAAACACACAUCGAUCCAAUUGAUGGUGUGGUAUUAGUAGACCUAGACUACUUAAAGGAGAGGAAAGUCUUUGCCCAUGUGCUAGCAGCAUUCCGCUAUGGCCGGGAGGAUCUGGAUGUCCUUGGGCUUACCUUCAGGAAGGAUCUGUACUUAGCUUCGGUCCAGGUCUACCCCAAGCCCACAGAGGAGGAGAGACCACUUACUAGACUCCAAGAGAGGCUUAUCAAGAAACUAGGGUCCAAUGCAUAUCCGUUCUACUUCGAACUGCCGGUCAAUUCCCCAUCAUCGGUCACACUUCAGCCCGCACAGGGCGACACAGGCAAGCCAUGCGGUGUGGACUACGAACUCAAAACAUAUGUUGCAGAAACGAUGGACGAGAAACCACACAAGAGGAAUUCAGUACGGCUUGCCAUCAGGAAGGUUACCUACGCCCCGGACGUACCCGGCCCACAACCCACGGCUGAAGCACAGAAAGAGUUCGUUGUCAGUCCAGGAGCACUCCACCUUGAGGCAACGCUCGAUAAAGAGAUGUACUAUCAUGGAGAGAGCAUCGAGGUUAACGUCACCGUGGCCAACAAUUCAAACAGAACGGUGAAGAAAAUCAGGGUGUCGGUACGGCAGUAUGCAGACAUCUGCCUCUUUUCAACAGCACAGUACAAAUGCCCAGUAGCUUGCGUAGAAGCAGAAACUUCAGAAUAUGGUCUGCCACUCAAACCUAGCCAGAAACUAACGAAGGUAUUCUGUGUCAAACCGUUACUUGAUGACAAUAAAGACAAGCGAGGGCUGGCGUUAGACGGCAAGCUGAAACACGAGGACACAAAUCUUGCUUCAUCAACACUGUUAAAUCCAAACACAGAUGACAAGCAAAAAGAAAGAGAGAGCUUAGGAAUCCUUGUUAAGUACAAAGUCAAAGUCAAGCUAGUAUUAUCUAACUUCGCAGGGGACUUAUCGGUGGAGCUACCGUUCACACUGUCUCAUCCUAAACCCGUUGAUCCGGAACCAGCACCGGCUCCCGCACCUAGCCAACAAACAAACAAAGAGACUAAUGAGGUUCCAGUUGACACAAAUCUUAUCAAUUUUGAUGCAAAUGGUACUGACGUGCAGCAGAAGCUGGAGGAUGAGGAUGAUGAUCUGAUCUUUGAGGAUUUUGCCAGACUGCGACUGAAGGGCACAGAGGGUGAAGGAACAGAGGCCUGAGGGAGGGAGUCUUGGACCCUCCAACCCAGCAUCACAAUUGCAUCAAAACCACGGGGGUGUUUCACAACAAAUUGAGAUUGACUUAAGUUGACCUUCAGUUGGUUUUAUCUUAAGUUGACCUUAAGUUGACAUUUUACUUUUCUUUUUGGAUUGGAUCCAUUGCCUACACGAAUCUGGUCAUGCAUAAGGUUAAAAUUUACCUACGUUAGACAUAUCAAAUAUCUGUAAUGAAAUAAGAUUCACUUAAGUUGAAUUUAAGUUACCUUUACCUUUGCGGCUUAAAUAGUCAAAAUUGACUGAAAAGCCGUGAAAAUAACAAACAAACAAAAUAUAUGUAUACAAAUGUGGUCAUCUGUAAGGUGAAUAUUCACUUAACUUAGACUUUACCUAUUGUCUGUAAUGUCUUAAGUUGGAUUUAAUUCAUUGCCUAUAGGAAUACGGUCAUCCAUUAUGUCAAAAUUGACUUAAGUCAGACUUGACCCAUUGCUUAUAAUGAGAUUAAGAUUACCUUAAGUUGGACUCGUUUCCUAAAAAAACCUAGACAAAGCUGGACUUAAAUAUUGCUAUCAGGGAAUCUGGUCAUUCCUGUAACUCAAGGAUGAGUUAAACUGUGGAGUAAAUGAAUAUGGCCACUUCAGUCGUGAAAUGUAUUUUGUAACCACUCAUAUUUUAUACUCUGUGUGAUUUGAUUUGAAUCGUGGAAGGCGCGCUACUAUCCAUGGGCUGGACAUGAGUGACCACUCUUAUUCAUACAAAUAAAUGGUGAAGAAAUUGGCAUAUUUGAUGGGUUGCCAUAGUUCAUACCAAGUCAAUCUUCACAAUUUGUGGAACACCCCCUUAGCUCGUAAUCCCGUUGUCAAAUAAGUAUGUACUAUAGCCUGUUAAAGCUUGUUGGCAACUGGCUUUUGUAGAAGUGUUUUCUGAAUAUGGGCCCAGAAGGUGAUCGAUUUCAAAUCAUCACAGAAUCGAUUGCAAAUUCUCAGCAAUCAAUUGCAGGCGAUUGCCUAUCAUCAUCAAUGGUUUGCAAAUUAUCACCAAUCGAUUGCAAAUCAUCAUCAAUCCAUUGCAAAUUAUCACCAAUCGAUUGCAAAUCAUAACCAGUUGAUUGCAAAUUAUCAUCACUCGAUUGCAAAUCAUCAUCAAUCAAUUGCAAGUCAUCACCAAAUUGAUUGCGAGUUAUCAGCAAUCAAUUGCAGUCUAUUGCCUAUCAUCCAUCAGUCGAUUGCAAAUAAUCACCAAUCGAUUGCAAAUCAUCAUCAAUUGAUUGCAAAUCUUCACCAAUCGAUUGCAAAUCAUUACCAAUCGAUUGCAAAUCAUCACCAAUCGAUUGCAAAUUAUCAUCAAUCGAUUGCAAAUCAUCAUCAAUCGAUUGCAAAUCAUCAAUCGAUUGCAAAUCAUCAAUCGAUUGCAAAUCAUCAUUAAUUGAUUGCAAAUCAUCAAUCGAUUGCAAAUCAUCACCAAUCGAUUGCAAAUCUUCACCAAUCGAUUGCAAAUCAUCACCAAUCGAUUGCAAAUCAUCAUCAAUCAAUUGCAAAUCAUCAUCAAUUGAUUGCAAAUCAUCAUCAAUUGAUUGCAAAUCAUCAUUAAUCGAUUGCAAAUCAUCACCAAUCGAAAGCAAAUCAUCACCAAUCGAUUGCAAAUCUUCACCAAUCGAUUGCAAAUCAUCACCAAUCGAUUGCAAAUCAUCAUCAAUCAAUUGCAAAUCAUCAUCAAUCGAUUGCAAAUCAUCAAUUGAUUGCAAAUCAUCAUUAAUCGAUUGCAAAUCAUCACCAAUCGAUAGCAAAUCAUCACCAAUCGAUUGCAAAUCUUCACCAAUCGAUUGCAAAUCAUCACCAAUCGAUUGCAAAUCAUCACCAGUUGAUUGCAAAUCUUGUGGUUGCCCUGCUGCAGUAAGCACCUGAUUUGCUACUACUAACCGUGAUACAAGAAUUCCAUCCUCGGCAAAUACCUUUACCUACGCACAUGCAUCGUAUUUGCAAAAAAAACAAUAAAAAUGUUCAUGUUUGAUAUAUUGUAUUUAUUGAAAUUGUCGAAGUUUGCAAUGCAUUGACUUUGUUAUGCUUUUAACCAUUUUAGAUACAGAAUGAAAGUUUUUUUUAGGUGAUGUUUAAUCACCUCAUCCUUUGAUUGAAGCAAAGGAAGAUAUGCUAUGUCAGGGAGGGCUCGGUGUUUAUUUUUAAAAAUUUAGGCCAAACUUGAUUAAGGAAUACAUUGGUAUAUCAUGGCAAAGGAAAUGUGAAUGGGACUGGUGUAUAAAAAUAAUUUUUGGUUUAUUUUCUCCACCCCCCCCCCCCACGAUAACCCCUAGAAGUAUUCCAUAGAAACAAUUCAAAGGCAGUGAUUUUAAUGCAUAAAUUUAAACAUUUCACAGAAUGGCAUAUUGCAUCAGAAAAUGUAAUAUGGAGCAACAUAGAAAACGGAUUGCC